AUGUCUGGAAGAGGAAAGGGCGGUGGCGGUAAAGCUCGCGCGAAGGCGAAGUCCCGGUCGUCCCGGGCUGGGCUGCAGUUCCCGGUGGGCCGUGUUCACAGGCUCCUGAGAAAGGGUAACUAUGCUGAGCGUGUGGGUGCCGGAGCGCCGGUCUAUCUGGCUGCGGUGCUCGAGUACCUGACGGCUGAAAUCCUCGAGCUGGCCGGUAACGCGGCCCGGGACAACAAGAAGACCCGCAUCAUCCCCAGGCACCUCCAGUUGGCCGUGCGCAACGACGAGGAGCUCAACAAGCUGCUGGGAGGGGUGACCAUCGCUCAGGGCGGGGUGCUGCCUAAUAUCCAGGCCGUGCUGCUGCCCAAGAAAACCGCCGCUGCGGGCGUCACUAAAAAGUGA